GGCUCCCCACCCAUCCAUGACCCGGCCCCUUGCCGGCCUACUCGCUGACUCACCGCGGCAGAUAUAUGGAUGGGGAAGAGGUGCACACGUGAGUGACCGCGGCUUGGCCACGUCGAAGGGCUCAUUACGUAAUCAACCGACCUGCACCACAGAACACACACCACACAGUGGCACACACAAAUAGGCAUCGCGCAAAGUACACAGCGUCGCGUGUCGCGCUGACCUCCUUGUUGGCGAAGACGACGAAUGGAUGGCCAAGCGGACAACGGGGCUACGGUGAGCAACUGCAGGUAAGAGACACACAGCAAGACACCAAGACAGACAGACAAACAAACAUGACCCACACGUGUGUGAUGUGUAUACGAGCGAACCUGUGUGUGGGUGGGGUGCGGAGGUGAGUAUGGACCAUUACACACAGACGGACAGACGCAGAGAGCCGACGCGGACACACAAAGCAAGACAGCCAAGCAGCCGGACGGACAGACAAAUGUGCAGGCGGAAGCGUCCUAGGCGAAUAAACGUCCAUCCAGUAAGUACAUCGAUCCAUAAACCAAGGAAAAACAAGGAGGUGCAAACACGUCGGUCGGUCGGUCGGUAUGUCGGUCGGUCAAGACAAAAAGAGGCGUUGCUCCUCUCGCUCCUCGUCAGACAGUGAGGCACCGCUCUACACAUACGCCACACACCACACCAUCAUGCCACGGCCUUUGUGCCCUCUCUCCUGACAUUCUGCUCGUGGGUUCAGCGUGGCCACCGGUAGCUUGAGGAAGCUUCGAAUCUUCUUCUUGAGAUCCGACGUCGCCUCCGACAACUCCUGCAGCACCACCUUGCGUACUCAAAAAGUAUCGCAUCAAGCUGGGUCUUGCUCAUGCAAUGGAUGCGGCCAUACACCUCAAGGUCCUUCAGUCAGCGAUGCUGGCAAUGCGACCGACGUCCUGCGUACAACAAACAGCCGAUCACACGGAUGCGCUCUCUCCCUUUCGUUGGCGUGUUCUCAGUGCUCGUUGGCUACCGCUUUCUUGGCUUCCGGUGUGUCGUCAGUCGCCUUUCUUGGCUUCCGAUGUGUCGUCAGUACACCACUCACCACCAUUUAAUGGCCUUUGUGCCCCUCUCUCUAACGCUUUCCUCGUGUGUUCACCGUGGCCGUCGGUGGCCGUCGUCGUGACACAGUGUUCCGUUGGUGUCGGAAACGGUGUUCCGUUGGUCCUUCAGGCACGCUCAAAUUGUCGUCCUCGUCGCUCCACAGCCCCUGAAAUCAUCAGAAAUACACUCGGUCUGCAAUGACUCUGCAUGCUAUUAUGCGUACAUCCUACCUGCAGGCAUAAGGGCUGUCGUAGUAGUAGGUAGGAUGUAUCCUCGAGGAUAUCCUGCAUUGACAGUUGGGCCCUGCCAGUUCGAAAAACGAAUCCCGUUCUACAUGUACUUUUCACCUCCAGAUAUCUCACGGCGACGGGGUAUGUGGUGCCGCGUAUAAAACAGACUGGCGCUCUGUGGAAAACGAAGAGCAGAGACAUACAAGAGAAUGCCAUUUGUGUACGACUUAAUGUCAUGUCUUAUCCAGCUCACUCGUCAAAGUACUCGCUGAUGACGUGCUCCUGGAUUGUUGCCGAUAGCAAAACCACACUCAGCUUCUUCUCUCUCUGAAUCGGUAUAGGAGGCAAAAGUCUAACAGAUUCAAAGAGAAAGAAGUCUUUCUUUCCACCUCCGCCAAAAUGUCCUUAAAGAUUGCCAGCAAGACAUCGAUCUGCUCUGUGCGCUCGUGCACCUCAUCUAUGAGCACGUGGGUGAAGUCCAUCAACAACGGAUCUGCUGCGAGCCCCUGCACGCCCACAUAAAUGCAAAUGAAACAGAACACAGCAAAGUGUUCAUGCGCCGAAACGUUUCUCACUUGAUGGCAAUGCCCGUAGUGACAAAAAGGAUUUUGGUGUGGUUGCUGCAUAUGCUUUGGUGUCUGGAACAGAAGUACUCGAAAUCAGGUCGCUGCAAGAAAGCGAUUUAGACCUACCGGAUUCUGUAGCUGACAAUGUCUCCGAGCUUGUCGUUGAGCUCUUCGCUCACUCGCUCUGCCACGCUUGUGGCGGCGGGGCUGCGAAGAAGCAGAAGCAGGUAAAGAAAGCCACAAGCGGGCUGGAUUGAGGUCGUCUCAAUCUACUCGCCUGGCCCAGUCCUGCGCAAACACCGAGUAUGUAUAGGCUUACGCCAGUCAGCACAUCGGAUGCAGAUCUACCUCGAGCAGGUACUGCGGCACCUGAAUGGUCUUGCCUGCAGCAAAAGGCAAGAAACAAGAAAGACUCCAUGCAAGAAAGUCUAGUUUCUUGCAGUAGCUACCGCAGCCUGUCUCUCCCGCAACACCGGUGCCCUUGUUGUUGUUGAUAGUGUUGAUAAGCUCGACUCUGUGGCCGUACGCCGGCAGCCCCUGAUGCGACACAGGAGAGCUGUGAGAGAAGCGGACACGCGAGUAUGUUUCAUAAGCGCUUCACUCUCCCUCGGCCAAGCGCACACAGGUGCACGUGCCAUUGCUCGUUUCUAAUCCAUGCCCACCUUGUUGGCCGCAAAUCGAUCAAUGCUGCCUUCGGUCCGCCGUAGUCUUGCGGUUCGUCAGACAGCGGCAGGGUUGACGCCAUCAGCCUCUGUCUUCGUCUCUGCUUGGUGCCUCAGGGUGAAAAUCUGCGACCGCUGUGCCCCACCUGAGAGAGACGCAGGGACACCGUCUGUCUCUUGUAUCCUCUUGUCUCACCCCUGCUUUCCACAGCUUCAGAUGCAUCUCAUCCUUCUUCCCCUUCUGAGAAGCUGGGUGAAGAGCCGGGCUUCGGGCACUGCGACGCAGCGAGCCGUGUUCCACACUCCCCGACUCGUCAGAGCUGCGAUUGAAAAGCUACCAGGAUGGUCACGUCCCUGCCUACGGCGACCCCAUCUUCCGCUUUCUCCCUCUUGUAGUCGGAGACGCGCACCGCCUUGUGAUGCAGACGGCGACCGGGUGGCGCAGAGCUGGACCGUGACUUUGACGAUGCAAAGGUUGCGGAGACAGGCAGCUUCUCCGAUGGCGUGGUGAACGACGGGCUCAAGAUGGUGCGGUCGUCAAGGGCGCGGGCCGACGGCUUCGAGCGCCCUCGAGAUACGGCAGCAUCCGCCCCUGAUUUCGCGACGUCAGUCUCUGAUGUGCCUCUGUGGCGGUGGUUGUGCGGGCAAGCCCCUGGUGUAGAGGGCGAAUAAGACACUCUGGGGACACACGCCGCAGCAGGCGGGUGCUGCCGCUCUUGCUGCUGUUGCCUGCUGGUGUCACCAGCUGACAGGUGUGCUUCUCCAGGCAUAUCCGUGGUCUGCAUGGAAAAGUGUAAAAGCGGGUUGCAUGCAGCACGCACUUGUAAGCCCUGCCGUCCUUACCUUGAUUCCUUUCAGAAGAUCAAUUUCACGUCGCAUCUCCCUGAUCUUUCUGUUCCUCUGUGAAUAGGGAAAGAAAAGAAAGAGAAAAAAAAACAUACACACACACACAGACAGACAGACACACAUCUGCUCUGGAAGGCACGCAGGUGACACAUGUAUGUAAACUGCUGACCCUCCAGCCUUCUCGUGAGCUGCUCCGUUUCCCUGGCGUUGUAUUUCCAGCUGAGGAGACAUUGCAGUACAGACAAGGCGGUGCGGCAUGAAGUGCCUUUCUCUUCCGCACUGGAGUGAAGACAGACAAACCGAUAAAUGACGACUGAUCGUUUUAUUUGUGUAGACAAACUUACGCGUCAUAUGACGCCUUCAUCGCUGGGAGCUCAUUGCCCACAUUGACGGCAAAGCGUUCGGCAGUCUUACGGCGCGAACGCUCGCUGAAGGAUGAACACAGAAGCAGAGAUGCGAAAGAUCCACACAUACGUAUUUCAUCAUCCAAUACUUCUGCAGCUCUUCUUCUGCCUUUCGGCGGGCUCCUCGCUGCUCCUGCAGUUCUUUUCCGAGGCUGAAUGAACCGUGGUGUCCGAGCCAAGCCGUAUAUCCGCUUGUUUCCAUGAACGCUCGUUGUCGUCCUGUUCACGCCCCAGGUCAGCUGUGAGGCUGCAGGCAGAACAAGCAGGGAUUAAUUACUCACCUCUAGACUUGUUUGCCGCCAUCCCCUACGUGGCAAUUUUUACGCUCCUGCUCUCUGAGCAGAAAUCACAUAAAACGAGGUGCAUGCGACAGAAUACGAGACUCAGUAUACUCGGACUUACAUCUGCAGGGCCUCAUGUAAUCCGUUGGCGCGUUCCCUCUCCAACUGCGUGUUCCCAUGGACAAUCUCCUUCUACACGAGAGACAGCCAAGCAUUAGCAACAGCCAUUAGACCAGCACAUGCAGUCCUUCCGCCUGGUGCUUACCUGACCGGUUGGCUGCGUGACUCGCCGGCGAU